AUCUCGCGCAGUUUCCUUAUUGAUAUAAGUUUUGCUUGUCCUGCAGUUUUUCGCGAGUCACAAACCAAGUUUAACGACUGUUUUUGUCGCACCGCGCAACAAUACAUACAUUAUAUGCCGCCCGCAUGCUCAAGGGUCGAACUUCCUAUAGAUGUUUGCAAUUUGCGUUUGCGAGCCGACAUCCUAUAUUGUGCGUUUUUAGCAACAGAUACAUACAGCUAUCGCGGUGUGCGAAAACAGGUUAGAGCAAGUUUCACCGUUCACAUAACACAAGACUGAGUACGUCGUGGGCAGUCACGCUUACAUACUUGCGGCAAAUAAAGCUCGACACAACAUACCCUCGGCCAAAUCAAUUCCGACAGUUUGUCAAUUGUCGAUCGAUAGUUUAACUGUAGCUCGAUUUAAGAGAGAAAAAUGUCAUCCCCGACGAAAACUGUCAACGAUGACGAUGUCGAGGAUACCCGUGCGCUUUGCCGGUACGGCAAGGAUUGCUAUCAAAAAAAUCCGGAUCAUCAUAAAAAAUUCAGACAUCCCGAUAAAAAUAAUUCAAAUGCCAAAAGAAAGAGUCCAGGGGAUGAUAAUGAACAAAGUCUUGUGUCUAAGAAGCCACGAUCAGAAGAUUCUACUUGUGAUGUGGUAGAUGAAGAAGUAUCUGAAGAUGUAAAAAAGACUUCAGAGGUAAAAGAUCAAAAUAAACAAGAUGAUAGUAAGAAUCUUCUUGAAAAAAACAAUGUAAUUGAUGAAACAAAUAAAAAUCAUGAGGACAAAAAUGGAGAAGAAACAAAGGUUGUUAGUGAAAAUGUUAAUCACGAAACAAUAAACAAUCAAACAAAGAAUGAGAAAACAAAUAGCGAAAAAUGCAGUAUUACUAAAAAAUCAGAUGUUAAAGAUAGUGUUACAAUGGAUAAAAAUGGAAAAAAAAGUAGUACGAAUAAAUCAGAUUGUGAACAGUUAUCAAUAACAAAAAAUAAAGUAGCAGAGAAUAAGAAUAAGAAUUCACCCAAAGCUGAAUCGGUCAAAAAUUCUCUUGAACAAACUCAUCAGUUAAUUCAAGAUGUGUUCCUUUUUCCAAUGCCUUCAGAUUUUUAUAAAUUCUAUGACAUGUGUCAAAGAUUAAAACCAAGUGAUCCAACAAAUGCAUUAAGGUUGGUUGGCCUUAUUCUAGUUGGUCCUUUUGAUAUUCUAGCUGGAAAAAUCACAAAAGAUACUCCAAAUCUAGAUUCCUUUUUAACACAUUGGCGUUAUUAUUAUGAUCCUCCUGAAUUUCAGACAGUACUUAAAGGUAAUGAUAAAGAAGGUUUACAUUUUGGUUAUUGGAGAGACAGGCCUAGUGGAGAUCCAGCAUUUGUAGCUGCAAACAGUUCCAACGUUAAUCACAAAAUUAUACCUGUAGCAGAAAAUAUUUUUGGAGCUGUAAUUAAUUAUUUAGAAGAAAAAAUUAAAAAAGCCACUCCAUUUGAGAGAACUAGUUUCACAAAUCUCUUGGGCAGAUUAAAAGCAUCAGCAAAAGAAUAUGGUUUUCCUAUUGAAUCAAAAACUCCAAAAAUGAAGUCAAGAGAAAAAAAUGUUGUUGCUAGAACCAUUCAUGGUGCUGGUAUUGUUUGCCCAUUCAAUAAAAAGACCCAACUUGGUUACCGUGAAUUAUCUGUUACAGAUGAUGCUUUGUUAAAAAUUGUUAAAAAAAUUGAGGAAGCUAAAGACGAUGACGAAAAAAAUUCUGCUCGUGGGGAGCUUCAAGAAGUUGUGAGACUUGCCACAAUAGCUGGUGAUGAGUGUGACUUUGGUACAUGUUUAGAAUUAGGACACGAUUUAUUCAGUACUGGUUGUGCUGAUGUACAAAACGCUGCUCUAUCUGUACUAUCUAUAGCUUAUAAUCAACUUGAAAGACAGCCAUUUCUUAAAAUUGUAGAAGCACAUAUGAAAAAUCGAAAAAAAGAUUGCAAUGUUAGUGCAUUUCCAAAACAAAAUUGAUUCAAAACUUAACUGAUAAAUGUAUAAAUUGUCAAUUAAUAACUUA